UACCGCGGAACCACCAACGACGAAAAGCCUCUCAAUCUCGUCAACGAGAGAGUAAACGCAGCUCUGAAUAUACAACUCCUUAAACCCCAACUCUCCCCCUCCUUCCAGAUCAUCUGGGUCUUACUUUGCCGCGUCGUGGGAUUAAUUUCAUCCACGCUUCCUCCAAUCUCACACCCAAACCAACCUCAAUUUCAUCUCUCAGCUCUCAAGUUCUAAACUUCACUGAAAAUGUAUGAAAUCGCAGCCCAAAUCCCCCGUUUCGGCAACAACCCAGUUUCCGGCUAGCCUAGAUUUGCUCUCUUCUCGAGCUCUUUCCUUUUCCCCUUACCUUCCCGUUUGAAUUCUCCGUUUCAGAGAAAAACGAAACCAUGUCUUCUUCUUUCCUUCAAUCAACCGGCUCGGCGUCCGCGGGAGCAGGGUUCAACAUUGUCUUCGAGCACAUCCUGAUGGCAAUCGUGGACGUUUCCAAGAAAAACUCCAUCUUCAAUUCGACCUUCCAGCGGCUGGAGCAGACCUUGCGCUCCAUGGCUCCAGCCAUCAAGAAGAUCGAUUCGUACAACAGGGAUUUCGAUCGCCCGGAAGAGAUAGAUGGGCUGAAGGCCAUACUGAAGAAGGGUGCCGAGCUGGUCGCCAAAUCUGCUAAAAUUAAGCGCUAUGACGUUGUGAGGAAGCCCAUGUACUCAAGGAAGCUGCUCAAGCUGGAAGACAAACUCAAGAGGUACAAUACCACUGUGCUGCAGCUACAUCAAGUGGCCGACGGGAAGGAGAUUUUGUUCGAAGUGAAGCAGCUGAGCAACCAAGUGCGGCAAAUGAGCAUGGGGGCGGCGGCAGCUGGUUACGGCUAUUCAGGGGGAAGUUUUGGGGCAGUUGGAGGUGGGUUCUCGGCGCCUAUGCUGAAAGUGGUUCCUGUGGGAUUGGAGAUUCCAUUGACGGAGCUGAAGAAGAAGGUGGUGAAUGAUGGGGUUCCGUUUCUUGUGCUUUCUGCUCCUGGUGGAUGUGGCAAGACCACGUUGGCCACUGCGUUUUGCCAUGAUCCAGAAGUUCAAGUCAGGUAUAAGGACAACCUCAUCUUUAUCACCGUAUCGAAGGCAGCCAACUUACUGACGAUUGGACAAAAUAUAUUCCAGCGUUUGCGUCGUCGGGUGCCUGGGUUUCAAAGUGAAGAAGAUGCAGUCAACAAAAUUGAAUGCUUGCUCAAGGAUAUGGAUGGAGAGCCUACACUUUUGGUUCUUGAUGAUGUUUGGUCGGGAUCAGAGGUCCUUCUUGAUAGGCUCAAAUUUAAGAUAACUAACUUCCAAAUUUUGGUAACCUCAAGAGAUGAAUUCAAAGCAUUCGGUUCGACAUACAAAUUACAGACGUUGAGCGAUACGGAUGCCACAGACCUCUUUCGUCAGUCAGCUUUCCCUCAAGAGAGGGACUCUUACGAGCCAGAUCAAGAAGUUAUGGAGAAGAUAGUGAAAAGCUGCAAGGGCUUUCCACUACUGAUUUCUGUGGUGGGAAAAUCCUUACUCAGGAAACCGGCAGUGGAGUGGCGCAAAAGAGCCAAGGAAUGUUCAAAAACUGCUUCCUUCCUUGAAAACUCACAGGUACUCGACUGUCUCCAGAAGAGUGUGGAUGCCUUGGAUGAUAAGCAAUCAAUCAAGGAGUGUUACAUGGAUCUAGGACUGUUCCCUGAGGACAGAAGAAUUCCUGCCACAGCCCUGAUCGAUAUGUGGGUAGAAUUGCAUGGUCUGGAUGAAGAUUUUGCUAUCUCUAACCUCUAUGAACUCUCUUUCCGGAAUCUAGUUGAUCUUAGAGUCAUCAGGAAAGAUGCAAGUGAAGAUGAUGAUGAUGGCUUCCACAAUGAGGAUUUCGUAACACAACAUGAUCUGCUGAGAGAUUUAGCUAUCAUUCAAAGCAACUCUCACAGCUUUCAGCUCAGGCAAAGGCUUUUUGUGGAAAUAACAGGUAAUAGUUUCCCUUCGUGGUGGACGGAAAGCACAGAGAAAGUCUUCAAGGCCAAACUCCUAGCCGUUACAACAGAUGAAAACUUCUCAUCAAGUUGGCCUGACAUAAAUGCUCCUGAGGUAGAGGUAUUAGUUUUGAACUUCAAGACCCAGAACUAUGGCUUACCCAAGUUCAUUGCAAGAAUGCAGAACCUGAAGGUUCUAAUAGUUACGAAUCACGGAUUAAGUCCUGCUGACCUCAGUGAAAUCUAUCAUCUUGCUUCUCUACCCAAUCUGAAAAGAAUCAGGCUUGAAAGGACUUUGAUUCCACCAGAUUUCCUGCCAAGCAUUGCAUCAGGGACUCUACAAAAGUUAUCCUUAUUCAUGUGUAGUCUUGGUCAGGCCUUUAGCAAUGUAAUCCUUCAGCCAAAUCCUUUCCCAAACUUGGAAGCGAUUGACAUAGACUACUGCAGCGAUUUGAUGGAGGUUCCUUUGUGGUUCUUCAGUCUAGUUCAACUGAAAAAGCUUAGCAUCACCAACUGUCAAAACCUGUCUGUAUUGCCAGAAGAGCUUGGGAACUUGAUGACUUUGGAGGUGUUGAGGCUUAGUUCAUGUAUAGAGUUGUCAGAGCUGCCAGAGUCGAUUGGGAAUCUUCAAGAGUUGAAAUUUCUGGACAUAUCAGACUGUGCAAGCGUAAAGAAGCUACCCGAACAAAUUGGUGAUCUCUGCAACCUGAAGAAGCUCUACAUGAUCGAAUGUGAUCGCUGUGAAAUUCCCAUAUCAGUUGCUCAACUAUGCAAUCUGAAGGAGGUGGUGGGGGAUGAAGAAACAGCCAACUCAUGGGAGAUAUAUAAGACUUACAUUCCUGGUUUGAAUAUCACCAAGCAUAAAAAUGUCAGCUUAGACUGGCUUCACUAGUUCCCAUGUAUCCAUGAAUGCACUGAUGUCAUGUAUUUGUAUUUAGUUUUUACAUGAUUCUUAUGUGUAAUAGAGUAAUUCGUAAUAUGUCUGAUCUUGUAGAUCUUUAGUGCAGACGUGUCUUAUUUAACUGGAUGGAUGACUAUUUUGAUUUUCCAAAAAUUGAGCUCAACCUGAAUUCAUUAACUAAAUUUGGGUUUCAAUCAACCACAAAAAAGUCC